CUGACACACUUAUAGAUCUAGAAUCUAAUCUAGACUAAAUGAGUAGAUCUAUACUCUAUAGUGACUAUAGACUAUAAACCAUAGCAUAGAUCUAGACUCUAUGUCUAUGACUAGUAUGACUAUGAAGCCUAGAUCCAAGACUGGCUCAACUAAAGUGAUGAUAAAUAUAUAUAUCUAAUGACAAAGAAUUAUUUAUUUAUUUAUUUUUGCAAAAUGAGUUUUUACCUUUCACCACCUGAAGGAAUAGUUUCAUAUGAAAAAUUAGAAAUGUAUGGAUUAAAGAGACUCCAGUUUUUAAUACGUCUUGUACAAUGCAGACACGAUAAAGAAGUUGAAGAUGUUAUUCAGGACACAAGUAUUGUUGAUAACAGUGACUGUUUAAUUAUUGGCACAGCAAAGGACUUGAUUUCACAUUAUAUUUUAAGACUUCUUUUAGGAGGCUGCAGUGAAACAGCAACAUUUUUUUGUGAGUCAGAGAGUGCAUUUUUUAAACUUCAGUUGAAACAGAUGGAUAAAGAAGAGCUGAGAAUCUUCUUUCGAGGUUUAGAUAAGAAUCUGAAAGUAUUCAAUGUGUCAAGCUUUUACAGAAUGCCACUCUCAAAUCUGUUAUACUUAGUUGAAGCAUUAAAAGAAAUAUUUCCUUCAUGGUCCACAUUAGUUGAAGAAAUGUGUGAUGAUAGAUCUCAAACAUCAGUCUGUCUUCCAUUUCAAAUGGUUCUGCAUCUAGUGGCUAGCAGGGAAGUUGAGCUUCAAAAGGGUUCAGCGUUUGUUCCAUUAAAACUUUUAAAAGAAGUUUUACAAGAGCAACACCAAGCAGUCAUGAGUGCCUUUGUUCAGCAAGCUAGACAUGCCAGGGAGGCUGCUAUCAAAGAUGAGAGAAUCAAGCGACUUGCUGCAGUAUUCAAGCAAGUUUAUAGAUCAGAAUUUAAGUCAUCUGUUGAUAUUCAGCGAAACAGUACACCCUUGCGUCUACCAGAGCUGUCCUCAAAAGAAAUUCUGUUUCCUCCAUGCAUGGGCAAUUUAAUGAAAGCUUUGAGACAUCGUCAUCGGUUGAAACACCAAGACAGAAUACAGCUCACACUUUUCUUAAAAGAGCUGGGCCUGCCACUUCAUGAUGCCCUUCUGCUAUGGAAACAUGAGUAUUCUAAGCCUGACACUUCAGGGGACCACAAAGGCUGGCAGGGAAGUGAAAAAAAGUACAUCUAUAACAUACAACACUUAUAUGGUCUGCAAGGUGGAAUGAUCAACUACAGGGCCCACAGCUGCCCUUCUAUUCAGGGGAGACUACUUUCUUGUGGUGAUCAUGGUGGAUGUCCUUUUACUGUCAAAGAUAAAACAGUUUUGUCCCGCCUGGCUGAAGAUGUAGGCAUGAAGCUUUCUGACCUUCCGUUACUUGAAAGACUUUCUGAAACUAGAGAUUUCACAUCAGCUUGUCAGCUGUACAUGCUUUUGAUGAAGCUGAAGGUCAAGAGAGAAGAUAACAGAAGUAGUAAUCCCAAUCAUACAAUAAAUGAUAAUGAACAUGAGACUGUGACUAAUGUACUACAUAAAUCUAAGAAUGGAAUUGAUGCAUCAUGUAAAUGUAAGAAUGGGAUUGAUGCACCAUAUAAAUGUAAGAAUGGGAUAGAUACACCUUGUAAAUGUAAGAAUGGAAUUGAUGCAUCAUGUAAAUGUAAGAAUGGGAUUGAUGCACCAUAUAAAUGUAAGAAUGGGAUAGAUACACCUUGUAAAUGUAAGAAUGGAAUUGAUGCACCAUAUAAAUGUAAAAAUGGGAUGGAUGCACCAUGUAAAAGUAAGAAUGGGAUGGAUGCUCCUUGUAAAUGUGAAAAUGGAAUUGAUGCACCAUGUAAAUGUAAGAAUGGGAUGAAUGCACCAUGUAAAUGUAAGAUUGGGAUGGAUGCAUCAUGUAAAUGUAAGAAUGAGAUUGAUGCACCAUGUAAAUGUAAGAAUGGGAUUGAUGCACCAUGUAAAUGUAAGAAUGAGAUAGAAACAGUGUUAAAUGGUUUAAAAAUUCAGUCAUCAGAGAAUCUAAAUCUAUAUUCAUUUUUAGGUGAAUAUCUUGAAGAAAACUCUACAAACUCUUAUCAUCUUGAAUUAAAUAAAAUUCAAAGUUUUGAUAGCUGCCAAGAAUCAUCAAAACUAAAAAGAUGCUCAUGCAUUUUUGAUGAAAGUAGAAAGAACAAAAAAAUAUGCACUAGCAAAAAUAUCUAUUUGAAAAAUGUAUCUGGUCAAAGUCAAUCACAAUUUUUAUCAGAUUUUUUAGAUAAGGAACUUUUAGGUGACACUGAGGUAUGUCACUCCAAGACAUAUAACUCAAUGAAAUAUGACAUUGAGACAUGUCAUAACAUAAAAAUGGUCCCUAAUGAUAGACACAUGCAUAUACCCUUAGCAAGACAUAGAAAGCCAAGUGAAUGCUUCUUCUUCUAUCAAAAUCUUAACUUCUCAAAAUGCCAAAGCUGUGAAACAGUGAAAGCUGGAAAUGUUGAUGUUGAAAAUGUUUGAUUUCAUUUCGACAAAAGAAAAACAAGACGUAAUUAUAAGCAUGUUUUAUUUAGGGACAGAUUUAAUUGAAUCUCAGGUAAAAAUAGGGAUAAACUAUACCAGUGUCUCCUAGUUUGUCAACUAGGUCAGGCUUUUAAAACAUCUUACAAACUUGUUGCUAAAAUACUUCUGACUUUACUUGCCUACCUCUCUCUUUACUGCAGAUAGUGAAGGAAAGGUGGAUUCACUAUCCACCCAAUAACUCUUUGACAGUCCCACAUUACCAUGUGAUACACAAAAGAUAAACCUGUCUGACUUCUAUUGUGUCUUUUAAUUUUUCACAUCUGAUACUGUCUUUGUAUUUAAUUUUUAACAUGAUAAUUCAGUUUUCUUGACUGGAGGAACUCUGUACAUAAAAAAAAAAGAGAAAUUAUGUAUCACAAAAUAUAGUCUAGGUAAUACAUUUUGAGCUAAGCCUAUUCUGCCAUGAUGCAGAACUCACAAAAAAUCUGUAAGUUGUUUCAGCUCUAUGUAACUGAAGUUCAAUCUGUUUGCUAAAGCUAGACUGAUAAUAUAAAUUGAAAGGCUUAUUGAUUUUUAAGUUUGAAGAGUAUGAAGUUAGAAAGGGACACUAACAUUUACUUGAGGUGCAGAUGGAAGAGCAAUGUUUGUAUAGAAAAUGUUCAUAUAGCAUUUCAAAGUGUUGAAACAUUAAAUUUAUAGGAGUCCAAAAAUAAAUAAUAGGAAGACUCAAGAAUGAUAGAAAUAUUAUAGCACUUAUAUAAAUGUUGUUUGCACUAAGCUACACAUCAAGAUAAUUUAUAUAUUUUAACUCGAUGCUUUUACAAUGUAAAAAUAAUUCAGAAACUUUUAAUUGUGCAUAUUUUCUUAUUUAUGUUUACAAAUUGUAUCUUAUGUACAUCCAUUUUAGACACUUUUGUUUAUUGUACAAGAUUUUUAUUUCUACAAGACAUGUGCAUUUGAAAUUUUUACAGGAGUCCUCUUUGUUUUCAUUUAGUUGUAUGAUAAUCUACAAAACACAUUUUGUUUGUUUUGUUGGGGGGGGGGAAUCUCUUAUUUUAUUAAAUAUUGGCAUACAGUAUUUUUCGGCACUUGCUAUUAAUUGAAUUAAAAUAAUAUCACAAUG